AUGGCAACUGAUAUGCAAAGGCUGGUUGGAAUGAGUGAGGAUGAUGACGAAAUGGGAAUGGGUGUGAAAGACGAGGAUGACGAGGAUGAAGAUUACGAGGAAAAUGGAGGUGAGCAUGGGAAUGCUUUACAAGUGGCAGAGUUUGAUGGUGGGAGUGUGAUGGGAGCUCGAGCUGAUGACAAUAGGUUUCAGCAGCAAUACGAGUUUCAAGAGCAAGUAGGCACUCCGGGUGGAGGUAAUCGAAGAUCUAGACCGGUAGAAGAGAAAGAGAGAACUAAGCUAAGAGAAAGGCGCCGGAGGGCUAUCACUGCACGGAUCUUGGCAGGGCUUCGAAGGCAUGGUAAUUAUAAUCUUAGGGUUAGGGCUGACAUAAAUGAUGUAAUUGCUGCGCUAGCAAGGGAAGCUGGAUGGGUUGUUCUUCCAGAUGGCACUACUUUUCCCUCAAAAUCUCAGGGUCAGACACCAGCUGGCGGCAAUGCUGCAGUUGUUACUUCAUCAUCAUCCCAUGUGCCUUCCCAACAUCCUCCAUCUGUUUCCCUCAAGGGUGUUGCUUCUGGCAUUAGGAGCCCACCUUCAUCAUCAUCCCAUGUGCCUUCCCAACAUCCUCCGUCUGUUUCCCUCAAGGGCGUUGCUUCUGGCAUUAGGAGCCCUUUAGAGUACAAUGCAUCUCCAAUGAAAGGUGUUUACGUUCCAUCUCCAUCUCCAUCCCCUUAUGAUCUAUCCUCAAGUUCCCGGUCUCAAACAUCUAUGUUAGGGGACGGAGAAGUGCAAAGAGACAAUCCUCCAGUGAUUGGUGGUUCAAUAGAUACCAUUAAUGAGAAGCAGAUUUUUGACAUUCCAGCCAGAUUACCAGAACGUGAUUUUGCUGGGUCCCCGUAUGUUCCUGUUUAUGUGAUGCUACCGUUGGGAGUGAUCAAUAUUAAAUGUGAGCUUGUUGAUCCGGAUGGUCUACUAAAGCAGCUGAGAGUGUUGAAAUCUGCAAAUGUUGAUGGUGUUAUGGUAGACUGCUGGUGGGGAAUAGUGGAAGCACAUACUCCACAAGAGUAUAAUUGGAAUGGUUACAAGAGACUCUUUCAAAUGGUGCGUGAGCUUAAGCUUAAGUUGCAGGUUGUCAUGUCUUUUCAUGAAUGUGGAGGCAAUGUUGGUGAUGAUGUUUGUAUUCCAUUGCCCCAUUGGGUUGCUGAAAUUGGUAGGAGCAAUCCGGAUAUUUUUUUCACUGAUAGAGAGGGAAGACGCAACCCUGAAUGUCUUUCUUGGGGAAUAGAUAAGGAACGUGUUUUGAGAGGUCGGAAUGCUGUGGAGGUUUAUUUCGAUUUUAUGAGAAAUUUCCGGAUAGAGUUUGAUGAGUAUUUUGAGGAUGGUUUUAUCUCGCUGAUUGAAGUUGGACUAGGUCCAUGUGGAGAGCUAAGAUACCCAUCUUGUCCAGUAAAGCAUGGUUGGAGAUAUCCUGGUAUUGGUGAAUUCCAGUGCUAUGAUCAGUAUAUGUUGAAAAGUCUUAGGAAAGCAGCAGAAGCAAGAGGCCACACUAUUUGGGCUAGAGGGCCAGAUAACGUGGGUACCUAUAAUUCUCAGCCACACGAAACAGGUUUCUUUUGCGAUGGGGGUGAUUAUGAUGGCUUCUAUGGCAGGUUUUUUCUCAAUUGGUAUUCUCAGGCUUUAGUUGAUCAUGGAAACCGGGUACUCUCUUUGGCAAAAUUAGCUUUUGAGGGGUCCUGCAUUGCUGCAAAGCUAUCAGGUAUUUAUUGGUGGUACAGGACUGCUAGUCACGCUGCAGAAUUAACUGCCGGGUAUUAUAAUCCAUGCAAUCGUGAUGGCUAUGCUGCAAUUGUUGCAAUGUUAAAGAGAAAUGGAGUUAGCUUAAACAUUGCUUGUGUUGACCUGCACACUUUGAAUCAACGUGAGAGCUUUCCAGAGCCAUAUGCUGAUCCUGAGCGAUUGGUUUGGCAACUGUUGAAUGCGGGGUGGGAUGUUGGACUUCCCGUCGUCAGUGAGAAUGCACUUCCUUGCCUAAACAGAGUUGGCUAUAACAAUGUUUUGGAUAAUACCAAGCCCGUGAAUGAUCCAGAUGGAAGGCACUUUUCAUCCUUUACAUACCUGAGGCUCAGUCCGCUUCUUCUGGAGCGACAAAACUUCAUAGAGUUUGAACGAUUUGUCAAGAGAAUGCAUGGAGAAGCCGUUCUUGAUCUUCAGGUAUAA